AUGCUGGAGCUCAACCCGUCCACCGUGACAGAGUUCACUUUACUGGGCUUCACCGCCAACCCCAGAACCAAUCCUCUGCUCUUGGCUUUCUUUUUAGUCUUUUACCUGCUGAUCCUCUUGAGCAACAGCCUCCUCAUCACCUUCAUCCACCAAGACUCCCGCCUUCACACGCCCAUGUACUUCUUCAUCGGCGUCCUGGCCACACUGGACGUGUGCUACGCCACCACCACGGUGCCCCAAAUGCUGGCACAUAUUCUCAGCAGGAAGCGGGCCAUCUCUUUUACAAGAUGUGUUGUCCAAAUGUACAUCUUUCUCCUCUUCGGGGUCACCGAGUCCUGGCUUUUCUCCAUCAUGUCUGUGGACAGGUAUGUGGCCAUCUGCCACCCGCUGAGGUACAAGGUCAUCAUGAGCCGUGGGAUGUGUCUCCUUAUGGUGGGUAUCUGCGCUGCCUAUGGCGUGGUGGGAGGCCUGUGCUAUACUUACUUUUCUAUGCGACUGCCCUAUUGUGGGCCUAAUGAAAUUGAUCACUACUUCUACGAGGUCCCUGCCGUCCUGAACUUGGCCUGUGCAGACACGUCCCUCAGUGACCUGGUGGACUUCAUCACAGGCUUCAAUGUCAUCGUGGUCCCUCUCUCCCUCAUCGUCAUCGUGUAUGCCAACAUCUUUACCACCAUCAUGAAGAUCCGCUCAACCCAGGGGAGGAUCAAGGCCUUCUCCACCGGCGCCUCCCACAUCACUGUGGUCACUAUGUUCGCCAUCCCAUGUAUCAUCACGUACACGGGUCCCAGCUCUGGCUCCUUAUCAAACAGUGGCAAGAAAAUGGCCCUCUUCUAG